CGAGGUAACCACUGCGUGUAUCGGUUGUUUGCUGUAACAACGAAUUUUCUUGUAACAACGAUGGCGGAAGAAAAGCUAAUUAAUUUAGUUCGUCUACACGAGUGUUUAUACAAUAUAAAAUCGCGUCACUACAGUGACCAACACAUGAAAAAUAAUGCGUGGGAGCAAAUCGCCAAAGAAUUCAAUAAAACACCUCAAGAAUGCCUCAAGAUGUGGACGAACAUCAGAAACAACUAUCGAAAAGCGAUAAAAAAUAGAACAAGCAAAAGUGGUGAUUCUGCAAAGCCACAAAGGCCAAUAAAACACGAAAGAGAACUCCAAUUCUUAACUACAUUUUUACAAAAUAGAGCACAGGUAUCUAAUUUAGAUUCGUCUUCCGAGGACACACAAGAUUCUUUCUUGGAUUCUCUUCAAUCACGGCCACAAUCACAAAUGUCACAUUCAGAUUCACAAAACUCGCGUCCUCGAUCACAAAACAUAACCACAGCUGAGAUAUUAAAAAAUUAUAUAGAUUCUAAAAAUAACGAAGAUGAACAUCCUAUAGAUAUAUUUUUUAAAUCAAUGUCUGCUACAGUAAAAUCUUUACCGAAAAAGUUGCAACUUCAAGUGAAAAGAGAUGUAUUGCUUAUUGUUAAUAAGGCAGAAAUCGAAUAUUCAGAAAUGUUAGAAGCACCACAGCAUAUUGAAACAACAAGAUCUAUUAACCUCUGGUAUGCCUGA